AUGUCACGUUUCUGUGGCGUGAGAUUUUUGAAAAAGUAUCUGAAUGACGUUCGUUACAGUGAGGUUGUUGCGGUCACUGGUGACGGAACGAACGAUGCGCCUGCGCUCAAGAAAGCGGAUGUUGGCUUUGCGAUGGGUAUCGCUGGUACAGAUGUGGCCAAAGAGGCAUCCGAUAUCAUAUUGACUGAUGAUAAUUUCACGUCAAUCGUGAAAGCUGUAAUGUGGGGUCGUAAUGUUUAUGAUUCCAUCGCUAAAUUUCUGCAAUUCCAACUAACCGUCAACGUUGUUGCCGUUACAAUUGCGUUCAUUGGUGCCUGUGCCAUUAAUGACUCACCACUUCGGGUGAUCGCAACCAUUCCAAGCAGUAUAUUACCGAAAUUCUUCUCGUUUGGACGUGGUGAAGUACAACCAACGUCCAUACUUGUCACCGGUGAAUAUGAGCAUGUCGAUACACUUGGUAAAGGAAUCACCAAAGAGCAACAACAACGGCCCGGUCAAAUUCUGUGGCUGCUCGGAUUGACAAGGCUUCAAACACAGAUGCGUGUUAUUCGUGCUUUUCAAUCAACCGCCUACUCAUCACAUCCUUCAUCGUUGACCACCUCAACCGCUGAUCGUCUUCGAGCUAGUUAUCGAAGGCUUCAGGUAGCACGUGAACGCGAAGAACAAAAACGUAAUGACUAUUCCACGUUACUGUCGCAAUUGAUUCCAUUUUAUUUCUUCAUUCGGUUCUGUAUGGCACAUUUCGGCGCAAUUGCUUGUCUAUAG